AUGACUAGUACGCCGCAACUGCAGGGCUUGAGACAACCCGUCGACGUCGCCGAAUACCUCUUCACCAGGCUGCACCAGAUCGGCGUCCGGUCCGUCCAUGGCCUGCCCGGUGACUACAACCUCGUUGCGCUAGACUACCUACCAAAGGCCGGCCUCACCUGGGUAGGCAGCGUCAACGAGCUCAAUGCAGCCUACGCUGCCGAUGGCUACGCCCGUGUCAAGGGCAUUUCGGCCAUGAUCACGACGUUUGGCGUCGGCGAGCUGUCGGCUAUCAACGGCGUGGCCGGCGCCUUCGCCGAACACGUCCCCGUCGUGCACAUCGUGGGGUGCCCGUCGACCGUCUCGCAGCGCAACUCCAUGCUGCUGCAUCACACGCUCGGCAAUGGCGAUUUCAACGUCUUUGCCAACAUGAACGCCGAGAUCUCGUGCGCCAUCGCCAAGCUGAACGACCCGACCGAGAUCGCCAACCAGAUCGACUACACGCUGCGGCAAUGCUGGGUCCGCAGCCGGCCCGUCUACAUCAUGCUGCCCACCGACAUGGUCCAGAAGAAGGUUGAGGGCGAGCGGCUCCGGAAGCCCAUCGACCUCCGCGACCCCGUCAACGAUGCCGAGCGCGAAGACUACGUCGUCGACGUCGUCCUCAGGUACCUGCACGAGGCCAAGAACCCCAUCAUCCUCGUCGACGCCUGCGCUAUCCGCCACCGCGUCCUGCCCGAAGUCCACGACCUGAUCGAGAAAACCAGGCUGCCCGUCUUCGUGACUCCCAUGGGCAAGGGCGCCGUCAACGAGUCGCACGAGACCUACGCGGGCGUGUAUGCCGGCAGCGGCUCGCACGCAGAUGUCUCGGAGCGCGUCGAGAACUCGGAUCUCAUCCUGUCCAUCGGCGGGCUCAAGAGCGACUUCAACACGUCCGGCUUCACCUACCGCACCUCUCAACUCAAGGUGAUCAACUUCCACAGCACGCAUUGUGUCGUCAGAUACUCCGAGUACCCCGGCGUGACCAUGCGCGGCGUGCUCCGCAAGAUCAUCGACCGCGUCGACACGGCCAAGCUGUCGGUCGUGCCGGGCCCCAGCGUCACCAACGAGGUCGCGGCCAACAACGACGGCUCGCAGACCAUCACGCAGGCGUGGCUGUGGCCCAGAGUGGGCGAGUUCCUCCGGGAAGAGGAUGUCGUCGUCACCGAGACGGGCACGUCCAACUUUGGAAUCUGGGAUACCAAGUUCCCAAGCAACGUCACGGCGCUGAGCCAAGUGCUGUGGGGCAGUAUCGGCUGGUCCGUGGGGGCCUGCCAGGGAGCUGCCCUUGCCGUCAAGGACUUGAAGAAGAACCGCCGCACCAUCCUCUUUGUGGGCGAUGGCUCUUUCCAGCUGACGGCCCAAGAGUUGAGCACCAUGAUCAGGCACAAGCUGAACCCCAUCAUUUUCGUCCUCUGCAACGAUGGGUACACCAUCGAACGGUUCAUCCACGGCAUGGACGCCGAGUACAACGACAUCGUCCAGUGGCAGUUCAAGGAGCUCGUGACGGUGUUUGGCGGCACCGAGCAGACGGCCAAGAAGUUCCAGGUCAAGACCAAGGACGAGCUCAACAAGCUCCUCACCGACGCCGAAUUCAACGCGGCCAAGUGCCUCCAGUUUGUCGAGCUCUACAUGCCCAAGGAAGAUGCGCCGAGAGCUCUGGUGAUGACGGCCGAGGCCAGCGCCAAGAACAACGCAAAGGCCGAGUAG